GUUAUUUAAUAUUUAGACAGCCCCAAAUUACUAUCCCAAUGACAAAUCAAUAAGUUAACCACCAUCAAAAUAAGUCAUAAAAAAUUUGUUUAUCGUUACGAUUUAAGUUCAUAAUAAAUCCAUAUAAUAACAUUACCAAGUACUUUCAUCCUUUUGACUUUCUAAACUAAGCAUUGAAAUUCGAGGUUUUCGGUGAUUGUUUUUUUCUAAACUCGAAUUGAAGAAGGAUCCUUAUAGUUCACUAGUGAAUAAUGGCUGCCAUUCAACUCGAUGAUCGUGAUAGGACUAUCACUAUGGGACGAGGUCUAUAUAGAUCUUCAUCUCCUGGAACAAUAAGACUAGAGACAAGAGUGAAAGAUCUUGAAGAUCAAUUAGAUGAAGAACGUUCUCUACGAAUAAAGACGGAAAGGGAGCUUGCUGAAAUUAAUGCUGAAUUCGACAUAUUAAAUGCAGAUUUUCAAAAUGCUAGAGAGCAAAUAACUCAACAAGAAGAAACAAUCAAAAGACGGGAACAAGAGUUUGCUCGUGUUCAUAGAGAGCUGGGUACAAUUCGUGAUGCAAAUGAAGAAAGUUUGGAAAAUUUAAGACGUCGUCAUCAAACCACAGUCAAUGAUCUUAAUCUUGAAAUAAAUGUUCUUCAAAAGGCGAAAUCUAAAGCUGAAAAAGAAAGAUCUGAAAUGGCUAGACAACUAGAAAAUGCUUUUGCUGAAGUUGAGGAUGCUAAUAAGGCGAAAACUAUUGCUCAAUCAAAACAAGAAACACUUGAAUCUCAAACUAUAAGACUAAGAGCGAACUAUGAAGAGAGUCAAAAACGUAUUACAGAACUUAAUUCACAAAAUGCUCAACUCAUUGCUGAAGCAACUGAACAGGCCAGAACUAUAGAAAAGUUAAAUACAUCUUUGGCAAGUUGUCAGAGAGCACAAUCUAUUGCUGAAUCAGUAGGAGAAGACCAUAAGAGGGCUUUAGAAGAAGAAAUAAAGACUAGAACCUUACUACAAAGUAAAUUAAAUGCAGUACAACAAGAAUUAGAUACAUUAAUUCAUAGAGCAGAUGAUGAAGCUGAAAGUGUAGUGAAACUUCAAACUCAAGUCACUAGACUUACAAGUGAAUUAACACAAACUAAAACAAAAUAUGAAAAAGAAUUCAAUGAAAAAACUGAAGAAUUUGAUGAACUCAAACGUCGUUUGAAUAAUCGUAUCAAUGAAUUAACAGAAUCCUAUGAACUUGAACGUGGUCGAGUUAUUAGUCUUGAACGUACCAAGAAUCAAUUAGCUAAUCAAUGUCAAGAAAUACAAUCUCAAUUAGACAAUUUAUUUGCUGAAUGCACUGAACAUGUUCAAACUAUUAAAAGUUUGGAAAGUCAAAAGACAGAGCUGGAAGCGGUUUUAGAAGAAACUCAAACUGAAGAAAGCAAUUUACGAACAAAAUGUGGUUUAUUACAAAGGGAUCUUAUUCAAAUCAGAGCUGUUAAGUCUGAACUGGAGGAACGUUUGACGGUUUUAGAGAAAGAGAACAAACAAAAUGCUGAAAAACUAAAAGAAACUAAAGAACGUUUGUCAGUUGUUAAUCGACAAGUUACUGAUUUGGAGAGUUCUCGAGCAAGACUAGAAGCGGAAAGAGAUAAUCUAGACUCUACAUUAAAAGAUACAGAAGAUGCUUUACAUGAAUGUGAAACCCGUUACCAAACAACAUAUUCAGCUUUAAGUACUUUAAGAAAUGAAUUUGAACGUCAAUCAAGAGAUAAAGAGGAAGAAAUGGAAAGUUUAAGACGUUCAAGUCAACGUAAUGUGGAAAAUCUUAAAGCAACUGUAGCAGAUAUGGAAAUGAAAAAUCAAAAUGAAUUAGACCGACUUAAAAAGAAACUAGAAGGAAAUAUAAAUAAUUUACAAGUUCAAUUAGAAGAUGAAAAAGCUGCUCAUUCAGAAACUAUUAAAUUACAUCAAGAAGCAGAAGCACAUAUUUGUCAAUUAGAAAUAGAUAUAACAGAAUUGAAUAAUUUGGUUUCUGAAACUGCAACCACUUUACAGAUAUGUGAAAGUCGUCGAUCUGCUUUAUCAAAUGAAGUAGAAACCUUAAGGAGUCAAUUGGAAAUCACAGAAAGAUUAAAACGAAAGUUGGAAGAAGAGUCAUCGGAAAAUAUGUCGAAAUUCGGUGGUUUAACAAUACAAGUGAAUAAUUUGACAGCAGAAAAACGAAAACUUGAGGGUCAGAUAGCUGUGCUUGAAGGUGAUUUGGAUGACGCUACAGGUGCGAAAGAUGUUGCUACAGAGAGAGCAGACAGACUUCAAAGUGAAGUUAACCGUCUUGCUCAAGAACUUCAAACUGAACAGGAGUCGUCACGUCGAGCAGAUACUGCAAGAAGGCAAUUGGAAGCUGAACUAAAAGACUGCAAUGCCAAGAUUUUGGAAAGCCGAAGAGCAGCUGAUGCAGCAGAACGUGAAGCUGAUGAUGCCAAAAGCCAAGCCGAGAUUAAAAUACGAGAGUUGCAGCUAGCUUUGGAAGAGGAAUCUAGAAAGUCAAGAGAGGCCCAAUCUCAACUAAGAAAAUGUGAGAGAGCACUCAAAGAAUCAGUACAAGCUGAACAAGAUGCUGGGCAUAUGAUAAAUGAACUACGUGAAAUGGUUGAACGAGCUCAAACAAAACUGAAACAAACCAGGAAACAGUUAGAAGAAGCAGAAAACGCUGCUCAAACUGCUUCAAUGAAAUAUCGUAAAGCUCAACAGCAAGUGGAUGAUGCAGAUUUACGUGCUCAAAUGGCUGAAAGACGUAUAGGUUUAACUGCUCAAGAAGAUAAUGUAACAACUUAUGGAAAUUACAAUAGACAACGAUCUGGUAGUCUUUAUCCAACUAGAACGAGAAAUUAUUCAGUAACACGUGAAGGGUCCGUAUUUAGUGUUAUGAGUGAAUUACCAGCUUCUCCACAUAAGACUCGUUUUCAAACAGGUAUUCCAAAAUGGAGUAAUCGACAUGAAUUAGGAAAUUAUCAAAAAGAAAAUGGUAGUUCUUUAAGUCUUCUUGAUCUACCACCGGCUGAUACAAGUUGUAGUUGAUUCUACACUAAUCAAUUAGACCAGUAACAAUUUAAAUUAGUCACAUAUUUCUUUCCCUUUUAUUAUUAUUAUUAUUGAUAUAUCUAUAUAAUCAUUUACAUUUUAAUGUUUUGACAAAUUUUCAUAUAAUUCCAUCAUAUUACUUUGUAAAAGAAUUGAGUUACUAGUAAAUGUUCAUCAAUAAUUUCCAUUUUCCAUACCCUGUUGAAAUAAAUUUUCUUUAAAGUGAUUCACUUUAAACAAAUCCACAGUUGAGUAUUUCUUUUUUUCUUUCUUUUUUAAUUUUACAACCAACUGGAAUUAGUGAAUUAAUUUCAAUGAUAACAUUUUUCUUUUUUUUUUUUCCAAAAAAAGAAAGAAAGAUGAAUAACUUAUAUUAUACAUGGUAUAAUAUUUGAUUUAUUGCAUCAUUUUUGUUUAGUCUAGUGUAUAUUUGUAGUUUCAUAUUUUGAACGAAUUAAGUUUAUUAGUAUGUUGCUCCUUCUAUUUUUUUCUUUUUUUCUAGAAAAAAUUCUUUUAACUAUAAAUGAUUAUUAGUUAACAUUGUAGACCACAUUAAUAAACAUUAUGAUUUUAUGAAUCAUUGUUGCUUAAAACAGUUUCAUAUGAUUAAUUAAACCCUUUUUCUUUUCUAUAUUCUCCUUUAUUUAGUGACCAAAAAUAAUGUUUAUACAAUAAAAAAGGAAAAAAUUUCUUUUUUUCGUUUUAAAUUCCUUAUUACACAAUAUUAAAUGGUUGAAAUUUUAAGCAAUUAAUCCCUUUGAUAAAUUUGAUAAUGAAAUAAAAAGACGAACAUUAUAAGAACUAUGUAAUAUAUUAGCGCAAUACUUUUCGAACAAUCUGAUCACACAUAUACUUGUUAAUGAUAAGUAUAUAAGAAGGCAAUUUGUGGAGAUUUUAGUAAUUUCAAUAGCUGAAACCAUGAGUUAAUUAAAGCUAGACCACCAUGGAAAACCUGAAAUCACUGGACAGCCGUUACGUCCUAGUAUGGAACUAAUCAGCAGUGCGCAUCUACAAUCCCGCCCCCUUCGAGAUUUGAACCCAGGACCUAUCAGUAUCGCAAGCGAGCUCUUAACCACUAGACCACUGAGCCGGCAUCCAACGGUGUUAAUGUUUAACAUAGGACGAAACCACCAUCCAGUGCUUCCAGGUUUCCUAUAGUCAUUUGGCUUCAACUAACUCAUGAUCCCAAUUAUUUAAAGAACAUUUAUAUAUAAAAAUAAAAGGUCAACAAGACUAGAAAUGGGGUAGGAGGAGACAAGGAUAAUAAUAAGAGUAAUAAUGAUAAUAUGAACACAAUUUGAAACCUCAUAACUCUGGAUAAUAAGCUAAUAUUAUCACGGUAGAUUUAUUAUGAGAAUAAACUGUUUUUGAAUACGCAAAGGGGGUUUGGACUUGUGUAUGGCUAAGGCUUCAAUAAGCCUUAGUAUACGCCCUUUUACACUUUUAUACAACACCACAAAGCUGAGUUAAGAUCAAUCCUAUCGCCUGUUUCGAUUAUAUGUUUAGCAAGAGAGGAUGAUGAAUGUUUAUCCUCUACUCUUAUUGGGUCACUUGGUUCUAUUUGCUUCUGCAACCAUUUUGGUAUAUGUUAACACAUCCUAAUGUUGAGAUCACGAUUGCUCCUCCCUAUGUAUGUGUGACUACACACACAUUUAAAUUGGUAAACACAGUGGGAUGUGACACAAUCGUUUUCAUGUCUUUUAGGUUUCGGAAGAAGCAUGCACUUUGUUGUCUUUGAUAACGACCUUUGCUGCGCAAUACGUUUUGUCGAUGACUGAUUUAAGACUUUGUUUCAAUAAAGGUCCUGAUAAUCU